AAGGGAGAGAGAAAGAGAGAGAGAGAGAGCUUGUAUAAGGCAGUAGUCAAUCACUCAGAACAGACAGAGUGAGAGAGAGAGAGAGAGAGAGAGACUGGAGAAGCAGCCAGUCGUCCGUCCCUCACUCCAGGCUCUAAGUUUACAGGCAGCCAGGCAGGAUUUUCUUGGCUUGGAUGCAGCGCUCAUGACAGGAUUAGGAGCCGGGGACGCGGGACCAACUGGAGAUCUGCAGGUCCAAGUGGACGAGCCCGAGCCAGAUUCUCUCCCUGCACAGCUGUGACUGGCCUCCCGUGUCUUGUCACACCAAUCAUCCGACAACAGUCUUCCAAGGUUGACCUGAUUACAGAGAGGCCUCCCUUCCUCUUCUCACAUCUCCCAUCAUGCGUCUCUUCGCCGCCCUCCUCCUCUUGCUGUUCCUCCAGUUAGCUGAGUCCCGGAGAGGCCCUCGGUCAGGGGUCUUGGAGAGGGGCACCAGGGGCGGUGUACGAGGCAGAGGCAGGGCGGGGGUCAUGAGGCGUCAAACUCAGGAGUGUAAGGAAUACAUGGAGGCAGGAGAGAAGUACCUGGACUGUCAAGACAGGCAGCUGACCACUGUGAUGCAGGACUGGCCCAAAGAUAUUCACCACCUGCUGCUGGCACGAAAUAAGAUUCAGGUUUUGAGGGACAACAUGUUCUCCCAGUUCACCCAGCUGAAGAGCCUGGACCUCCAGCAGAACGACAUCUCCAUGGUGGAGGACGGUGCGUUCAGUGGCCUCUCCCAGCUCACCACUCUGCUUCUCCAGCACAACAGACUGAAAACAGCCUCUGAGGAGAUCCUGCUCCCUCUGCCCCGCCUCACCUACCUCCGUCUCUAUGACAACCCCUGGAGCUGCCACUGCUCAUUGGACAGCCUGGUCAGGAAGCUGCAGGUGCCUAGCAACCGCAACCUGGGCAACUACGCCAAGUGUGCAGAGCCUCUUUUACUAAUGGGCCAGAAGCUAAAGAAGCUGAACGUGGACUCGUUGUGUGAGGAUGACAACCAGGUGGACAGGAGGCCGGGGGGCGGAGAAGGGGGGCGACCGAGGCCUCCACCAAUCAAAGUGAAGUCAGAGGUUACGUCCAUAUGCCACACCUACAUGUUCCCCAAACCUCUGCUGGACUGCAGCAACAAAGAUUUGAAUCACAUCCCAUCUGACCUGCCGUCUGACAUAGUGAAGAUGGAUCUGUCCAGUAACAUUAUCAAACAUCUCAGGCCCAAACAGUUCCUGCUGUCCAAAGACCUCAAGCUGCUCAACCUUAGCAGCAACAGCCUGCACCGUAUAGACACAGCUGCAUUUGCAGGCCUACUGUACCUCCGUGAGCUCGACCUGUCCAACAACAGCCUUCAUUACUUCCAGUACGGUGUGCUGGAGGACCUCUACUUCCUACGGAAGCUCUCUCUGGGCAACAACCCCUGGAUCUGCGACUACAACAUUCACUACCUGAUCUACUGGCUAAAGCACCACCCCGGCGUUUCUUACACUGGCCUGUUCUGCUCCGAGCCGCAGGAGUUCAGGGGCUGGCGUGUCGAGGAUUACGUCAAGACCUACAACGGGGAAUGUCCCAAGGAUAAACAAACAGAAGGGAUGGAUACGGGACAGGGAGGACAAGGAGGGUCGGACAAUGAGGCACAGGAGGUAGUGGGGGAGACGGGGGAGGGGCAGGGUGAGCGCCUGCCUCGGCCCCUGAAAGAGAAGAAGCCCAACAGGUUUGAGAUCAUCAGGCUGAGUUAGAAUUGAGGUGGAUCAAUGACUGAUGUGGUUUAGUAUGGUGGGAAAUUUACAGAAGAAGCCAAAGGGAGGUCUGUGGACAGGCUGAAGAAGGGAUUAUUAGGGGUAGACUCAGUGAUUUGAUGUUCAAAUAAAAAUGUGAUGAGCACAAGUACAAUUUUUUUUUUUCAUCUUGUGUGGAUAACAACAGAACCCAUCUUGGAACAUUAACACUAGAUUAUUAAUUAUAUCAUAUUACUAAGUUUACCUUUAAACAAAGGUUUAGGGAAUGCUGUUUGAGUUUUUAUUUUAUCUUUUUUGCAGAACAUUGUCAAUCCAGUCUCUAUCAGAUGUAAUAACCCCAACAAAAAUGUCUCUGAAUUUCCCACACAGUGAACUGCAGGUGCUCUCUUCUUUUUUUAGUUACAGCAAUUUUGAUAUUGAGUUCAGGAUAAACUUUUUUCUUUAAAAAAAAAAAGUUGUUUUUGGUCUUUUUUUGUAUUAAUGUAUGAUCUUGUCUACCUGUUUUCUGGAAUAAAAUUGGGUUUAUUUUUUCUGAAAAGGUGUUCUACUAAGUGAUGCACAGAA